AAAAAAAAAAAAAAAAAAAAAUUUGAAAAAAUAAAUACAUUUUUAUAGAAACGAUCGCACAAACAAGCGCUGACAAUAACUUCGCUUUUAAUAAUACUUGCAAUUGAAUUAUUGGUGCUCUGACGAAGUUGUACUGCAGAAUAGUAAAUUAUCGGAAUACAAUUGAGACAAAUUAAUGUGAUGUCGCAGGCCGGCGUGAAUAUAGGUUUUGCCAAGUGUUUUAUAUUCUUUAUGGCGGCUGCUAUAUUGCUGCAAGGCUGCGGUUACUUAGCUCUUUCCAUAUGGGGCAUAAUGUUGAGGCAAUGCACAAAUAUGUCCGACUCUGCGGACAUAUCAAGUCAACCGUUUCAUUUCAUUAUGAAUUUGAUUUAUUUUUUAAAUAAAGAGUGUGGUUCUCCUAACAUCACUUUACCGAUAAAUCAGGAAACUGUUACUUUAAAUGUUUCUUGGGACGAUUCUUUUAAGCUUACUCAUCGUACAUAUAUAUUUUUAUUAACGUACACUGCUAUUAGUGCCACUUGGAUAAUUACUUCAUUACUGGUGAUUUCUAGUAUAUGGGGACCAGUUAGUAAAACCGUAGCGUGGUUUUGUUUUGGGCCUUGGUUUCUCGUCAUCGUCGCUGGCAGUAUUGUGGAUGCAAUAGCUACCGGAUAUCAUGUUAAUGAUAUAAUACAGACAGUGUCUGCCGAGAAGACAUUUGAUUAUGUGGGUGCGUCAUCAAGUAACGACGAUGUAAUGAAAUUUCUAAAAAGUUAUGACGCCUACUUCAUUACGCCUGCUGUAGUGAUGACUUGCAUAAGCUCGCGCAUCAUAUUGAUUUGGUUGUUAAACAUUUUUGGUUCAGCUUUUUGCUUAUCACUAUCGCGACUACUCGCGAAACCGAAUUCUUCUAGCAAAGGUAGUGUUAGCAGUGGAGCCACCGAUAGUACGGCACCUUUACCGCGUUUGCCUAUCGUUAGUCAAACGAAACGCGAAUAUAGCAAAGAGACGCAAACAACUAUGGCAAAAGAUGAACAGCGACAUGUACCGCUGAGACUAGCAUCGCAACUACAGGAGGAUCAUCUAAUAAAACCUAAACCUUUGCAAGUACAAAAUGUUUAUUCACUUCAAAGAGAACCGUCAUUAAUUGUUAAGCAGCAAGCUGAGACUGCGCCAAGUGCUCCAUUACGCAGAGAACACCCAACCAAUGAACAAACGAUUACGAAUCAUUCUACUAAUGCGAAUGCUGAUCGGUUAGACUACACCAGCCCGCAGACCCUUCAUCAACAGCAAUUGUCAACAGAAACUCCUCUUAAUUACCGUUAUAUUACUACAUCCGAAAACUACCAUAUGCCAAGUUUAAAUCCACGUGUUAGUGAGGAGUUGAGGGGGCAAUUACCGUGGUCUUACAUUAAUACGCAGCCAUCCAAUCAAAACAACCCGGCACGUAGAGCCACGUUACAAGCCUAUCCCGAGAUACCUGUGCCCGACUAUGAGAGGCACUGAAGCUAUUUAAAACUAGUCCUGUUAUUUUGUGAUAGCUUUUUUCUUUUUUUUUCUUUUUUUUUAUUAAUCUUGUUAACUAACUACACGCAAUUACUUAAAAAAUAAAUAAUUUAGCAAAAGUUUUUUUUUGGCUAUCAAUGGCAACGUUUUCUUAGAGCGA